AUGUUCAUGAAACUUUGGAAUUCCACAAAAUAUAUAUUAGAGACUGCGAAAGGUACUGUUGUGGUACUGUUCAGUCCAAAUAUGAAGAUUCCACCAACAAAGAUGGAUGCACAUAUGCCACCCCGACCGUGGACAAUUGCCGAAUGGAUCCGAAUGUUUGCGUGGCGUUAUAACUGGCAAUAUUUUCCAGUUCUUCGGUUUUGGGUAUUUUCAGCGUUGACGGUCUAUAUAAUGAUCAAGUUUGUUCUCCCAACGAAAUUCUUCGAACACAAGAUCCAUGAAUUAGAACGUACAAACUUGUACGGACGAUUACAGCACAGGGAAGACGAUAGGUAUUUCGAAAAAAUCUAUCCUCCCAAGGCAGUUACAGAGUAA